AUGUGUAGAGAAGCCCAAGGGAAAAGGCAGGAAGAAUGUGUGCCCCCCAUGCCCCAGACCCUGACACCAGAGCUUGUCUUUUCCAGCAGGGGGUCCAGGUCUGAGUAUCUCUUGGGGACCUGGGACACAAAGAGGGAAGAAAGUGCCCAGUCAGUGACGCAGCCUGGAGCUGGAGGCUCAUGUGUGCCAAGAGAUUCUUCAAAAGUUAGAGCCUGUGGGGCUGCCAAGAAGAAAAUGGGCACCCUUUUAGAUUGUCCUGGGGUCCCUCUAUGCAGGCCAGACUGGCCUCGACUUCGUAAUCCUGCUCCGCAGCCUCCUGAGUUUGGGAUUACAGGCAUGUGCCGCCACAACGGGCUCAAUUUAAUUCUAAGUUGUUUACUUUUCAGAAAACAUUUUGAUGCUAAAUUACAAUCAGAGUCAACUAAUAGUGGAAAAAACAAGAGAGAUGCAGAUUGUGAAGGCACAGAUGAACCUAUUUUUGGAAAAAAGCCCAGGAUAGAAGAGUCAAUAACUGAAGACUUAAGUUUGGCAGACCUGAUGCCCCGGGUCAAGGUGCAGUCAGUUGAAACUGUUGAAGGAUGUACACAUGAGGUUGCGCUUCCUGCAGAUGAGGAUUAUUUACCACUUAAACCUCGAGUUGGAAAAGCAGCAAAGGAAUACCCAUUCAUUCUUGAUGCUUUCCAAAGAGAAGCCAUUCAGUGUGUUGAUAAUAAUCAGUCUGUCUUAGUAUCUGCACAUACAUCAGCAGGAAAAACUGUUUGUGCUGAGUAUGCCAUUGCAUUGGCCUUAAGGGAAAAACAGCGUGUAAUAUUUACCAGCCCAAUUAAGGCUCUGAGUAACCAGAAAUACCGUGAAAUGUAUGAAGAAUUUCAAGAUGUUGGUCUGAUGACUGGAGAUGUUACUAUUAAUCCUACAGCAUCUUGUCUUGUUAUGACUACAGAGAUUUUGAGAAGUAUGCUGUAUAGAGGUUCUGAAGUUAUGCGAGAAGUUGCUUGGGUCAUAUUUGAUGAAAUUCAUUACAUGAGAGAUUCAGAGCGUGGUGUAGUAUGGGAAGAGACUAUUAUUUUGCUUCCUGAUAAUGUUCACUACGUCUUUCUUUCGGCUACUAUUCCAAAUGCCCGGCAGUUUGCUGAAUGGAUUUGUCAUUUACAUAAACAGCCUUGUCAUGUAAUUUACACAGAUUAUCGGCCUACUCCAUUGCAACACUACAUUUUUCCAGCAGGGGGAGAUGGCCUUCACCUUGUGGUUGAUGAAAAUGGUGACUUCAGAGAAGAUAACUUUAAUACUGCAAUGCAAGUGCUUCGAGAUGCAGGUGAUUUAGCAAAAGGAGACCAGAAGGGGCGGAAGGGAGGAACCAAAGGACCAUCAAAUGUGUUCAAGAUUGUUAAAAUGAUUAUGGAAAGAAAUUUUCAACCUGUAAUUAUUUUCAGUUUUAGUAAAAAAGAUUGUGAAGCUUAUGCUCUUCAAAUGAAAAAUUAGAUUUCAACACAGAUGAAGAAAAAAAGAUGGUUGAAGAAGUAUUUAGUAAUGCAAUUGACUGCUUGUCUGAUGAAGAUAAAAAGCUCCCUCAGGU